CAGCCUCAGCCUCAGCGUGAGGAUCCCAGGCCACCAGCCCUGUGGUGUGGUGCAGUCUGACCUGGAGCAGGUGUGGCCUUGCACAAUUACAUCCUGGUGUGGCCUUGCACAAUUACAAGAAUGUUAUUCUAGACCCCGGCCCCAAGCUCUGGGCCUCAGCAUUCCCCACUCUUAAUCAAGAUACAAGGUACCCACCCUAAAACGCACCUAGUGUUGAGCUCUGAGAGUUCACACACAUGGGGUUGGCAGCCAUGACCACGUCAAGCCACACGAGUGACCCUCCCCCCUGCUUGGGCCAAGGCGUGGGCGUAGAGACCACAGAGGGUCCAAGCUUACUGAGGCAGUCAGCAGAAACCUUCCAGAGCCCCCAGUGCCUCCACCAUCGGGAGACCGCCCUCUGGGUGGGGGAACCAGGAAGCAAGGGUGAAAGCCCCUCUCGGGAGGGAGUGGCAAGGGGGGAGGGCAGCCCCUCCCCAGGGCCAGAACCCACUUCCUCCUUUACCACACGCGCCCAGGGAGACAGGCCCGGAGGGCUGGGCCUGCUCCCAGCACCCUCCCCUCUGUCCCUCUGCACAGGAAGGUCGGGGCCACCUGGCCCGGGUGCCUCCCGCCAGCAGGAUGGAUGAGGAAGGCCCUGACUGCGGCAAAGCCGACUUUGUGCUUUUGGACCAAGUGACCAUGGAGGACUUCAUGGAAAACCUAAAGCUCAGGUUCGAGAAGGGCCGCAUCUACACCUACAUCGGCGAGGUGCUGGUGUCCGUGAACCCUUACCAGGAGCUGCCCCUGUACGGGCCUGAGGCCAUCGCCAAGUACCAGGGCCGUGAGCUCUAUGAGCGCCCGCCCCACCUCUACGCUGUGGCCAACGCCGCCUACAGGGCGAUGAAGCGGCGGUCCAGGGACACCUGCAUUGUUAUCUCGGGGGAGAGUGGGGCAGGGAAGACAGAGGCCAGCAAGCACAUCAUGCAGUACAUCGCUGCCGUCACCAACCCCAGCCAGAGGGCAGAAGUGGAGAGGGUCAAGGAUGUGCUUCUCAAGUCCACGUGCGUGCUGGAGGCCUUCGGGAACGCACGCACCAACCGAAACAACAACUCCAGCCGCUUUGGCAAGUACAUGGACAUCAACUUCGACUUCAAAGGAGAUCCUGUCGGGGGGCACAUCCACAGCUACCUGCUGGAGAAGUCUCGGGUCCUCAAGCAGCACGUGGGCGAACGGAACUUCCACGCCUUCUACCAGGUCCUGCGGGGCUGUGAGGACUCACAGCUGGAAGACUUGCACCUGCAGAGGAACCCCGCCCUGUACAGCUUCACCCGGCAGGGAGCGGGGCUCAAUCCCUUGGACAGUGACGAGAGGAGCCACCACCAGGCAGUGAUGGAAGCCAUGCGGGUGAUCGGCUUCAGUCCCGAGGAGGUGGACUCUGUGCGCCGGAUCCUGGCCGCCAUUCUGCACCUGGGAAACAUCGAGUUUGUGGAGAUGGAGGAGGGCGGGCUGGAGCAGGGGCAUGUGGCCGUGGCCGAGGAGGUGUUGGUGGACCACGUGGCCGAGCUGACGGCAACGCCCCAGGAGUCGGUGAUGCGCUGCCUCUUGUCUCGCACUGUGGCCUCAGGAGGCAGGGAGCUCAUUGAGAAGGGGCACACGGCUGCAGAGGCCAGCUAUGCCCGGGACGCUUGUGCCAAGGCAGUGUACCAGCGGCUGUUUGAGUGGGUGGUGAACCGGAUCAACUGUGUCAUGGAACCCCGCGGCCGGGACCCCCGGCGUGACGGCAAGGACACAGUUAUCGGCGUGCUGGACAUCUAUGGCUUCGAAGUGUUCCCUGUGAACAGCUUCGAGCAGUUCUGCAUCAACUAUUGCAACGAGAAGCUGCAGCAACUGUUCAUCCAGCUUAUCCUGAAGCAGGAGCAGGAAGAGUACGAGCGGGAGGGCAUUGCCUGGCAGAGCGUGGACUACUUCAACAACGCCACCAUCGUGGACCUGGUGGAGCGGCCCCACCGUGGCGUGCUGGCCAUGCUGGAUGAGGCCUGCAGUGCCGCGGGCACCAUCACUGACCGUAUCUUCCUGCAGAGCCUGGACACGAACCACCGCCACCAUGCACACUACACCAGCCGCCAGCUCUGCCCCACAGACAAGACCAUGGAGUUUGGCCGAGACUUCCGGAUCAAGCACUAUGCAGGGGAUGUCACGUACUCAGUGGAGGGCUUCAUCGACAAGAACAGGGACCACCUGUUCCAGGACUUCAAGCGGCUGCUAUACAACAGCUCAGACCCCACCCUGCGGGCCAUGUGGCCAGACGGGCAGCAGGACAUCACAGAGGUGACCAAGCGCCCCCUGACAGCCGGCACCCUCUUCAAGAACUCCAUGGUGGCCCUGGUGGAAAAUCUGGCCUCCAAGGAGCCUUUCUACGUCCGCUGCAUCAAGCCCAAUGAGGACAAGGUGGCCGCAAAGCUGGACGAGGGCCACUGUCGCCACCAGGUCGAGUACCUGGGGCUGCUGGAGAAUGUGCGUGUCCGGAGGGCUGGCUUUGCUUCCCGCCAGCCCUACCCUCGGUUCCUGCUCAGGUACAAGAUGACCUGUGAGUACACGUGGCCCAACCACCUCCUGGGCUCCGACAGGGCAGCCGCGAGUGCCCUCCUGGAGCAGCAUGGGCUGCAGGGCGAUGUGGCCUUUGGCCACACCAAGCUCUUCAUCCGCUCACCCCAGACUUUGGUCACACUGGAGCAGAGCCGCGCGCGCCUCAUUCCCAUCAUCGUGCUGCUGCUGCAGAAGGCAUGGCGCGGCACGUUGGCCAGGUGGCACUGCCGGCGUCUCCGGGCCGUCUACACCAUCAUGCGCUGGUUCCGGAAGCACAAAGUGCGCGCUCACCUGGCGGAGCUGCACAGGCGCUUCCAGGCCGCGAGGCAGCCCCCCUUGUACGGCCGGGACCUGGUCUGGCCGACGCCCCCUGCUGUGCUGCAGCCCUUCCAGGACACCUGCCGGUUGCUGUUCUGCAGGUGGCGGGCCCGGCAGCUGGUGAAGAACAUCCCACCUUCAGACAUGGCCCAGAUCAAGGCCAAGGUGGCUGCCAUGGAGAUCCUGCAAGAGCUGCGGCAGGACUGGGGCUGCCGGCGGGCCUGGGCCCGGGACUACUUGUCCUCUCGAAGGGUAGCCGUGUGGAUUCACCAGACUUGCUGCUGGUCAAGCAAGGACCUCCCUCAGGCAGGCCCCAUCUGUCCUCAGGCCACCGACAACCCCACAGCCUCUGGCCUGUUCGCCCAGCGACUGAAUGCUCUCCGCGAGAAGGACGGCUUUGGGACUGUGCUCUUCUCCAGCCACGUCCGUAAGGUGAAUCGCUUCAACAAGAGACAGGACAGGGCGCUCCUGCUCACUGACCGGCACCUUUACAAGCUGGACCCGGGCCGUCAGUACCGGGUGAUGCGGACCGUGCCCCUGGCCUUGGUGACCGGGCUGAGCGUGACCAGUGGGCGGGACCAGCUGGUGGUGCUGCACGCGCGGGGCCAGGACGACCUAGUCGUGUGUCUCCACCGCUCCCAGCCGCCGCUGGACAACCGCGUCGGGGAGCUGGUGGGGGUGCUGGCAGCGCACUGCCAGGGGGAGGGUUGCGCCCUGGAGGUCCGUGUCUCCGACUGCAUCCCGCUGAGCCAGCGCGGGGCCCGGCGCCUCGUGUCAGUGGAGCCGAAGCCCGAGCAGCCGGAGCCAGAUUUCCGCUGCAGCCGCGGGGCCUACACCCUCCUCUGGCCGAGCCGCUGACCCGCCGGCCGAGCCGCUGACCCGCCGGAGCCGCUGACCCGCCGGCCGAGCCCCGCACACACACACCCCCCCCCCCCAACGCCAGCCCCGCAACGCACAAUAAAGGAAGCGUGUCUCUGCC